CUCCAGAUGAAAGCUGUCACCUCGUGGGUGGUUUUUCUCUUGUCUUUUUUUCUUUCUUCGUCAGGCAGGUGACCAAAGUAUAAAACAUUCCGUUUCCCUUCUAUUCGCUUUGACCCCUCCCAGCUUUAAAAAACUACCCCCAGCUUGCUUGAUCCCCCCCUUGCAUAUUAGACGAAGCAACAAAAAAAAGGCAAUUGGCCUUUGUCGGACUGUAAUUGGCACACACCAACCGCCAACAGUACCCAUGGCAAUCGUCAACCUCGUCUUCACGCCGUUGGGGCUCGCCUCCUUGGGCGCCUUUAUGCUGGUGGCAUACUACGUGGUGCCCUACUUCACCACCUUUGGCCACCUGCGCUCGAUCCAGCCGGCGUCCCCAUUGGCCGGCUUCUCCAACCUGUGGCUGCUGUACACGUCGCGGGUAGGGAAGCGAUCGCUGCUGGUGGACGAGGCGCACGCACGGCUCGGCCCGGUGCUUCGCGUGCAGCCGAACCACGUCUCGAUUGCCGACGACGAGGCCAUCAACAUCAUCUACGGCCACGGCAACGGCUUUCUCAAGUCGUCAUUCUACGACGCCUUUGUGUCCAUCCGCCGCGGCCUCUUCAACACCCGCGACAGGGCCGAGCACACCAGGAAGAGGAAGCUCAUCAGCCACACGUUUGCGCCCAAGAGCGUCGGCCAGUUUGAGCCGUACAUCCACGGGAACCUGGAACUGUUUGCCAAGAAGUGGGAUGAGCUGAUUGAGCGGACCAAGAAGUCUGACGGAUGGGCGCCUGUUGAAUGUUUGCAGUGGUUCAACUUCGUCGCCUUCGACACCAUUGGAGAUCUCGCCUUUGGCGCCCCCUUUGGCAUGCUCAACGCCGGCGCCGACAUUGCCGAGGUUCGCAUGUCGGUCGACUCGGAGCCCAUCUACGCGCCGGCCGUCGAGAUCCUCAACCGGCGCGGCGAGGUCUCGGCCACUCUCGGAACCCUGCCGGAGCUCAAACCCUACGCCGGCUACCUGCCCGACUCCUUCUUCAGCAAGGGCCUGGCUGCGGUCCAGAACCUGGCCGGCAUCGCCAUCGCGCGCGUCAAGAGCCGGCUCGAAAACCCGCCCGACGUCAACCGCAAGGACCUGCUCGCGCGCCUGCAGGAGGGCCGCGACGCCAAGGGCGAGCCGCUGGGCUUCGAGGAGCUGACCGCCGAGGCCCUGACGCAGCUGAUCGCCGGCAGCGACACCACCAGCAACAGCUCGUGCGCCUUGCUGUACUGGACCGCGCGGACCCCCGGCGUCCUGGCCAAGCUGCAGGCCGAGCUGGACGCCGCCAUCCCCGACGGCGUGUUUGCGCCGGCCUUCGACAUGAUCCGCAACCUGCCCUACCUCGAGGCCGUCAUCAACGAGACGCUGCGCAUCCACUCCACCUCGGGAAUCGGCCUCCCGCGCCAGAUCCCAGCCGAUUCGCCGGGUGUCACCAUCCGCGGCCAGUACUACCCGCCCGGCACGGUCCUGAGCGUGCCCACCUACACGAUCCACCACAGCAAGGAGAUUUGGGGCCCGGACGCCGACGAGUUCAGGCCCGAGCGCUGGAUCGAGAACGGCGGGCUCACGGACAGGCAGAAGAACGCCUUCAUCCCCUUUAGCUACGGACCCAGGGCCUGCGUCGGGAGGAACGUGGCCGAGAUGGAGAUGAAGAUGAUUGCCGCCACGUGGGCGAGGAGGUAUGACGUCGAGGUCAGGCAGGACGUCAUGGAGGUGAGGGAGGGCUUCUUGAGGAAACCGCUGGCCUUGGAGAUUGGGCUGAAGAGGAGGAGCUAGUCGGCCGUCAAAGCAUUGUUGAAACUUGAAUGGAUUGCAAGCGGAUAAUACAUAGCCUUGUAUGAGCGAGAGGACUUUUCUUUCUCCAGCAUAUAGCCAACUAAAUGAGACUUGUAUAUAUUACUCUACGGACAAGUAUGCAGACCUUGCAAUGCUUGUCAGAGGGCCUGGUCUGGUGAGCUUGAAUCAGUGACUUUGGUGUAGUUGGGUUGUCAAUGAGACCUAAACCAGUCGUGCCGGAGUCCUAAGUC